CAGAUAGGUGUACUGUGUCAUGCACACACAUCUUGGCCAGCUGCUUGCUGCCUUUUUAAAAUGUCCUUGCAGAGGAAAUCAAAGAAGAUCCAUUCCUCAGGGGGUCCUCUCCGUUGCUCCUCGGGUUACAAGAAGGCGGAUGAUGAGAUGUCGGGGGCCACGUCUAGUGCUGACCUGGGGGACUCCUCCGCCCGCACCAUCCUCAUCAACCAACCCCAGAGCUGCAAGUUCAGGGACAACACAGUCAGCACAGCCAAGUACAGUGUGGUAACGUUUCUACCUCGAUUCCUCUAUGAGCAGAUCAGGAGAGCUGCCAAUGCUUUCUUCCUCUUCAUUGCCUUAUUACAGCAAAUUCCUGAUGUGUCUCCUACGGGAAGAUAUACCACUUUGGUGCCCUUAAUCUUUAUUCUCACGGUGGCUGGCAUCAAAGAAAUCAUAGAAGACUAUAAAAGACACAAGGCAGAUAACACUGUUAAUAAAAAGAAAACCAUAGUGCUGAAAGGGGGAACAUGGCAAAACAUGGUCUGGAGAGAGGUGGCAGUUGGAGACAUUGUGAAGGUUACCAAUGGCCAACACCUUCCAGCUGAUAUGAUCAUUUUAUCUUCCAGUGAACCACAAGCCAUGUGUUACAUUGAAACAUCCAAUCUCGACGGAGAGACAAACUUAAAAAUACGACAGGGUUUACCAGCAACCUCAAACCUUCUAUCCGAAGAGGACUUGAUGAAAAUAACUGGAAGGAUAGAAUGCGAAGGCCCUAAUCGACAUCUUUAUGACUUCAUUGGAAACCUGCGCCUAGGGACCAACAACCCUGUUCCUGUUGGACCUGAACAGAUCUUAUUAAGAGGAGCCCAGAUCAGAAACACCCAGUGGGUUAUUGGAAUAGUUGUGUACACCGGACAUGACAGUAAAUUAAUGCAGAAUUCGACAAAAGCGCCACUCAAGAGAUCGAAUGUUGAAAAAGUGACAAAUGUGCAAAUCCUGGUUUUGUUUGGCAUUCUCCUGGUUAUGGCUCUUGUUAGCUCAGUUGGAGCCCUAUUAUGGAACUGGAAAUAUGAAGGAACCAACUGGUACCUAGGAGAUAAUGAUGCAGUCUCUACGAAUUUUGGUUACAACCUUCUGACCUUCAUCAUUUUGUACAACAAUCUCAUUCCUAUCAGUCUUCUGGUGACUUUGGAAGUAGUAAAGUUUACCCAGGCUCUUUUUAUCAACUGGGACAGAGAUAUGUAUUAUUCAGAAACAGACACCCCUGCCAUGGCAAGAACAUCUAAUCUGAAUGAAGAGCUUGGACAGGUGAAAUAUCUUUUUUCUGACAAAACUGGGACUUUAACAUGCAAUAUCAUGCACUUCAAGAAAUGCAGCAUUGGUGGAAUUACCUAUGGGCACUUUCCAGAAUUUGAAAGGGAACGUUCAUCUGAAGAUUUCAGCCAGCUACCCACUGCUAGUGAAUCUUGUGAUUUUGAUGACCCCAAGCUGUUCCAGAACAUUGAAAAUGAUGCUCCAACAGCAGAUACUAUUAAGGAAUUUCUUACAUUGUUGGCUGUCUGUCAUACUGUUGUCCCUGAGAAAGAUGAAGAUACAAUAAUCUAUCAGGCCUCCUCUCCAGAUGAAGGAGCGCUAGUGAAAGGUGCAAGAAAACUUGGCUACACUUUUACUGGGAGAACUCCGGACUCAGUGAUUAUUGAUGCAAUGGGGAAAGAGCAGAGCUUUGAACUUCUCAAUGUGCUGGAAUUCUCCAGCAAUAGGAAGAGGAUGUCCGUUAUUGUCAGAACUCCAUCAGGGAACCUUCGCCUUUAUUGCAAAGGAGCAGAUAAUGUUAUUUUUGAGAGGCUUUCAAGAGAGUCGAAGUAUAUGGAACAUACCAUAAACCAUCUGGAACAAUUUGCUUCUGAAGGCUUAAGGACCUUGUGUCUUGCAUACUGUGACCUGCAAGAAUCCGAGUAUCAGGCCUGGUUAAACGCUCAUAAUGAAGUCAGUGUGGUGAUCAAGGACAGGGCCCAGAAACUUGAAGAUUGUUAUGAGAUUAUUGAAAAAGAUUUGAUGUUGCUUGGCGCAACCGCCAUUGAAGACCGCCUUCAAGGAGGAGUUCCAGAGACCAUAGCGACAUUAAUGAAAGCUGAAAUAAAAAUAUGGGUUUUAACAGGAGAUAAACAAGAAACAGCUGUCAACAUAGGUUAUUCGUGCAGGCUGAUAUCACAAACAAUGUCGCUCAUCGUAGUGAAUGAGGAUUCUCUGGAUGCAACAAGAGAAACACUGACUAAUCACUGUACAAACCUUGGCGAUUCGCUUGGUAAAGAAAACGACAUUGCUUUAAUCAUCGAUGGCCAAACGCUAAAAUACGCACUUUCGUUUGAGGCUCGUCAGAGCUUUCUCGAUCUGGCGCUAUCCUGUAAAGCUGUCAUUUGCUGCAGAGUGUCUCCGCUGCAGAAAUCUGAAAUAGUAGACAUGGUAAAGAAACAUGUGAAUGCCAUCACGCUGGCUAUUGGAGAUGGUGCCAACGAUGUAGGAAUGAUCCAGACCGCACACGUAGGAGUUGGGAUCAGUGGGAACGAGGGCAUGCAAGCAACCAACAACUCCGAUUACGCCAUAGCUCAGUUUUGCUACUUGGAGAAGCUGCUACUCGUGCACGGAGCUUGGAGCUACAAUCGAGUGACCAAGUGCAUUCUAUACUGUUUUUACAAGAAUGUGGUUCUCUACAUCAUUGAGCUUUGGUUUGCCGUUGUUAAUGGAUUUUCUGGACAAGUUUUGUUUGAGCGAUGGUGCAUUGGUUUGUACAAUGUGAUAUUCACCGCCUUACCGCCUUUUACGCUGGGAAUCUGUGAGCGAACUUGCAGCCAAGACAGUAUGCUAAGGUUUCCCCAGCUCUACAAGAUCACACAGAAUGCAGAUGGAUUUAACACACGGGUUUUCUGGGGUCACUGCAUCAACGCCUUGAUCCACUCUGUAAUUCUCUUCUGGUUUCCACUGAAAAUGCUUGAACACGAUGCCGUGUUUACCAACGGACAGGUUACAGACUAUUUAUUUGUUGGAAACAUAGUUUACACUUACGUUGUGGUGACAGUCUGUUUGAAAGCUGGUUUGGAGACCACGGCAUGGACAAAGUUCAGUCACCUGGCAGUUUGGGGCAGCAUGCUGAUGUGGCUGGUAUUUUUUGGAGCCUAUUCUGCGAUCUGGCCAAUUAUUCCCAUUGCUCCUGAUAUGCUUGGACAGGCCGGGAUGGUGUUAACGUCGGGGUACUUCUGGCUCGGGUUACUCUUGGUCCCCACUGCAUGUCUGCUAAGGGAUGUCACCUGGAGAGCGGCAAAGCACACCUACCACAAGACGUUGCUGGAGCAAGUACAGGAGAUUGAGACCAGAGCCAAGGAAAUGAGUAAAGCCGCCAUGCGGGAUUCCAAUGGCAAGAGCUUGAACGAACGUGACCACUUGUUGAAGAGACUCGGCAGAAAAACCCCUCCGAGCCUCUUUCGUGCGAAUUCCGUCCAGCAAAGUGUAUCUUAUGGCUAUGCAUUUUCCCAAGAAGAACACGGUGUUGUUUCCCAGUCUCAAGUUGUUCGAUCCUAUGACACAACAAAACAGAGAGCCGGGAUAGAAUAACAAAGCCCUCUAGGACUGGUGGCAGAAAUAAUGAGCUUUGGACAAUGCAUCCACUGUUAACAGAUAUUUCGCUAAGGUUGGCCGCAGCAGCCAAAAAACUGGGAAACUCAUUUCUGUGGCCUUUGCCAACAAAUUUCUCAACUCUUCUUUUCCAGCCGAUGGGGUCUGCAUGUGAUUAAAGGCACUCAAAAACCUAUUUAAAACUAUGCAUUACAGGUGUCUUUGGAAGCAACGUGGUUAAGGUGUACUUUAAACAAGGUCACAGCCUGUUCUACAAUAUAAAAAAUAUUCUUCUGCUUCAUCUCCUGUGCCCUGCAUCUCACAUUCCUCCCUGUUACCCUGCUCCAGAAUUUCAUUCCAACUCAUGCUUGUAACACUUGCUCUGUAGUAGUAAGCUCUUUUACUUUAAAGGGAACGGUCAUCUCAAAAUUAACUUAGGGGCAGAUUUAUUAAGGGUCGAAUAGUAAACUUGAAUUUAUUUUGGUAUCAAAAUUCAUGUGGAAUUCACACUGUAUACUGGCGCGUUCAAAUCCUAACACCUUUGCAAAAAUUUUUAGAAUUACAGGCUACUUAUUCCCUGCAACGCUCACCCUUCUCCUGGGUGGGUCCCUUGUGCAACAGCCCUGGACCUUUCACUUAGUUCAAGAUCAAUAAACAUUAAGAAAAAAUCUCUGGCCCGGGUGCAACACCCCGAACCCGCAGCUUUGGGAGACUUUCAUGGCCAAUAUAGAACCCUUGCAACAUGCACUCAAAGGAUGAGUCGGUGGCGGUGAAGUAUAAAAGCAAUUUCCUACAUUUGAAUUUUAAUCUGCCAAAUCGAUUGUGACAUGUAUCACAUCUCAACCAUGAAAACAGUUCUAAUUCGAAUAUUCACCACCUAAAACCUGCCAAAUUCAUUCACAAGUCAAUGGCAGAGGUCCAUUGACCCAUUUGAAUAUGUUAAUAGCCUUCCUGACAUUCCAUGUUUUUUCGGAGGAAAAUUCGAUUGGAGUUUCACUCAUUUUCCUCAAAUACGAAAAAAAAAAACUGUCUCGUUCCCAUUAGAUCAAAUUGUAGACAUUCCAAUUUCUUUAUAAAUAACCUCCCAUUCAAGUUGUGAGUAUAUUCGAAUUUAUUAGAGAAAAAGAAAAAAAUCACAUUCAAAAUUCGACCUUUGAUAAAUCUGCCCAUUAUUAUGACUUUUUGUGAUGACUAAACCCAGCAAUAAAGGAGAAUGUUCAAAAUGAGGGUAUGUGCUGGCAUACCCUAGCAUACCAGAUUUGUUAGUUUUUCUAGGCUGGAUAAAUCCAGAACAGUAUCAUUAAAAAUAGAACAGCAUUAUUAAAACAGAUAAAGAGCUAGAAAAAUUUUUAGACCAAGGUAUUUAGAUUUUGGUGGUGAAAGUUGCGACAACAACUGAAGGCCACAAGAUGAACGAUACUUUUUUCUAAUCUCAGGUUGGUUGCUUGAGACAGCAGCCAAUCAUAAAAAUCCUAGAAGAGAAGUUAGCAAUAACAUCCUGGGGGACUAAUCUACCACAGUUCCCACUUUCUGCCUAGCGAAGGGUGAUUAAACUUGCUCUUCAUGACAUGAGUGACAUCAGGUGAUAAAUGGGUGGCCUCUGUCCAACCACCCUUGCACUGCAAAAUAUUAUGAUUGUGUCAUUUUUUUAUGCUUCAUGGCAGUACAAUGUUAAUCAAGUAUGGGGCAAUUAUUCUGCAAUGAUUCUGUAAUGCUUUUGGAGAGUGUUAGAUAAGCUGCAUGGAACUCUUCAAAACAAAGGUCUGUGGGUGGCAUAGACACCUUUGGGGACACCUCUAGCUAGUGAACUUCAGUAUAAGGAACGUCUCGCCAUAAUUGUCUUUAAUGGUGGUGGGCCCAUGUCAAAAUAAGCUUUGCAGGUCCCUUCUUGACUGUCUAAUCUUGGUUACUGUUGUCAUCUUGUCCUACUGUCCCAACCUUGACCUACUAUACCCCCAAAACUCCCACUGCUCCUUUACACAAAUGCUGCUCUGUGGGAGCUCUAGCCAGCCACCCCGCAUGGACCUCCCAUGGACGACUCGGUUUACAGACACACACGAGACAUUAAUAAUGGGACCGGUCAAUAAUCUGAAGUUGUUUUUAGAUAUUGGCAAGAAACUAGGAAGAUAGGGAGAUAUUCUUUUACUCUAUACAUAUCUGUCUGCUAUUUGCCUUUGCCUAUGGAAUCUUUUCUUUCCUACAAGCAGGUUUAAUGCAAGAGCAUACAUGUACAUUGUCCUUUCUAUUUAUGAAAUGUGGUGUUUAUUUAUUGACUCUAUUUUGAAACAUAUUGUUUUUUGCACAUGUACUGAGAAUUAUGAAAAAUAAAAUACGGUAAACGAA